ACCAAGGAACUGCGGAUAUGGACCACAAUGGUGCAGGAUGAUCUAGCUGUCAAAAAUACGUCCGCUGAUACUUAUUCAUUUCGUAUUGUGGUUAGAUCAGGGAUUAUUUACAGUUUUGUUUAACGAAUAAAGCAGUAGUAUUGCAAUCAUCGUGACGAAUAACUGUAAAUGCAGAACUCGAAGAUGUUUAGUAUUCAUAAAUUGUGAGUGUAUGUGGUUUAAGGUGGGGUGUUUGACGGACAGAUCAUCGGGUUUCUCGGAAGAAACAAAGCAGAAUAAUUUCUCAGCCAAUAUUUAACUCACGAUGAAUAAUCGUCGACGUACAAAUAACUUCACGUACGUAAGUUCGUGCGUGAAAUACAUGAUUUUCAUGCUCAACUUCGUAUUUUGGCUGUUUGGGGGCCUGCUGAUAGGCGUUGGCCUUUACGCGUUUGUGGACAAAUGGCAGGCAACUGGUUCUGUACGAGUGGAAAAUGUGUAUGAUGUCGUUUUGAAUAUCUCGCUGGUUAUGGUGAUCGCCGGUGGAGUUGUCUUUAUUGUCAGCUUUGCAGGCUGUGUUGGAGCUCUUCGUGAAAAUACCUGCCUGCUUAAAUUUUACUCGCUGUGUCUAUUGGUCUUCUUUUUACUGGAGAUGGGAGUUGCAAUCGUAGGAUUUGUAUUCCCACACACCUUGCAGUCAUUGUUAGAAGAAUCAUUCACUGAUAAAAUUAUCCAAACUUACCGCGAAGACCCAGAUCUGCAAAACUUCAUAGAUUUUGGACAGAAAGAGUUUAAAUGUUGCGGCCUGAGUGGUGAGGGCUAUCGGGAUUGGGCGAAGAAUGAGUACUUCAACUGCUCUAGUCCAAGUGUUGAGAACUGUGGAGUGCCAUUUUCAUGUUGCAUGAAUGCCACCAACAUUUCUAGUGGAUUGGUAAACAUUAUGUGUGGCUACAAGGCACAAAACUUGACACUUCCAGAAGCAAGCAAGAAAGUAUGGACUAAUGGCUGUAUAGAGAGAGUACGGAGUUGGGCAGAACGUAACUUGUACACUAUAGCUGGUAUAGCUUUGGGCAUAGCGCUCAGUCAGUUAUUUGUAAUUUAUCUGGCAAAAACUUUGGAAGGCCAGAUCGAAUUGCAAAAGUCCCGUUGGCACUCCUGAGCCUGACCUCAGGCCACCUACCGCUACCAAAUCACCUCUUCGAAUGGCAGGCAGGUGGCCAGCUGUCAAUCCAGAAGCCAAGAAGCCGAAGUCAGUGUAAAUGCUCGAAUGGCUCUACUCGUUAUGUUUGCCAUCUCACUUUAUGUCCUUUGCAUUCUUUCCCUCAUCAGAUUAGUCCUUUAUUUCAGAAAUUACUUUCAUUUACAUCUGGGCAAAAGCUAAUUAAAUUCAUGUCAUGAAUUGUAUAAGUAUUCAUGGAACGUUGUCAUUUACUUUUUGUUUUUAAACGAACCUGAUUCAUUUAUCUUUUCUUUUUUUUUUCUUACUUAAAUGGUAAAUUGGUAUGUAUGUACCUAGAUUAUUGUUUUAAUUUUUCUUUAUUAUUACAAAGUAAGUUAUUUCAUAAACUGAAAACCACUUUUAAUAAUCUAGUACUAGCGUUUUGGGUAUAAUAUUUAUCUUUGUUUGUUUAUCUGUUAUCUUUUUACAGUUUUCAGACUAUGUCACAUAUGUCACAAAAACACUCUAAUAAUUAGAUAUUACAAAACAUGGUUAUGGCUAAAACACAUGCCUCAAGUAUUCGAGGAGCGGGUACAAAUUUGAGGAAAAACUAACUGGCUAUAUUUUCGGUUGUUGAAUGACAGAGGAAUAUUAUAAUAUUUGAUG